UCCAGCUGCCGUUCAGAUCAGGACUCACUGCUGCGUUUCAGUCAUUGAGCUCAGUUUUCUCUUCCGUAAGCCGAGGACAAAGUAAGAAGAGGAAGACGAGGCUGAAUUAUCUCCGAAAUGAUGCCAGCAAGAGGUCAAAACAGAACAAGAACCAGAGCCGGCACGCAGGCCAGAGGACGUCACGCAACCUGGACCCCGAGACGGGAUCAGAUCAGGCGGGGAAGAGCUGAGCAUCAGGAAAUACUCACGACUAAAAGGCGCCAGUUGAAGAUGCUUGUAUCAACUCUGCAGCCCUUGGAAAGCACAGAAGAUGCUAACUUUCAGGAUUUUGUAAAAGCUCUAAACCCGUCUCAUGAAAUUCCAUCCAGGUCUGUGAUACGUUCACAGCUCCUCAGCAUCUACAGCGAGGAGGAACAGAAGUUGGGAUCGCUCUUGGCCUCUACUGAUAACAUUGUGCUGACGUGUGAGCUGUGGUCUUCAAACGCUGAAGACUCCUACCUGACGGUGGCGUGCCAUUUCGUGGACAUCCACGGGAAUCUCAAGUCCUACAUGCUCAGAACUGCCAGCCUCUUCGGGGACGACUCUGCGGCCAACAUUCAAAAUCAGCUCUCGGCCAUCAUGACGGCCUGGCGCGUCAAAGAGAAGGUCCACACCGUCAUCAGAGCCGGCAUCCCGCAACUGAAGAACGUUAAAACAAAGUGGACGCACAUGCCUUGUUUCGCUGACACCUUGAACUUGAUAUUUAAGGAUCUGAUGAGUGACGACGAGCUGAUGAACGUUCUCAGAAAGUGUCAGAACAUCGUCAGAUUCUUCAAGAACGAUUCUGAAGUGGAGAGGCAGCUCAGAGAGAUUCAGAACAGCCUGAAUAUGAACCAGGAUGAGCUGAUCGUGUACUCCGGGGACCGAUGGCUCCCGUGGCUGCAGAUGCUCCAACGGCUGACGGAGCAGUACAAGGCCAUGGUGAUGGUGCUGGACGAGAGAGGCAAGACGGAUUUCAUGCUAAAUGAAAACGAUAAAGAGAAAAUCAGCAAGAUCAUAUCGGCCCUGAAACCUCUGAUGAACGCCACGUCCUCCAUGAAGGGAGGCUUCCAGACCAUUUCGGCCAUGCUGCCGCUGCUGAAGAGGCUCAUGGACAAUCUGAGAGAAGAACAGAGAAACAACGAUGUGGCCAACAAAUUACUGUCGAGAUGUAAAGUGAAAUUUGGCGACAUCAACAACCACGUCCUGGCCCCCAUCACAUUUCUUGACCCCAGAUUCAAAAACCAGCUGGGAGACCGAAACAAAAACCAAGCGAUGGAUCAAAUCAAGAAGAAGCUGGCCGGAGGCCCGGCCUCCCCGUCUGCUGCCGAACUGGACGACGUGCUGGACAGAUACCUCAGCUACGAACCGACCGUGGAGGCGUCAAACCCUUUGGCCUGGUGGAGGCACACGGGAAAGAAGAACUUUGGUGAAUUGAGCAAACUUGCUCUGAAGGAGCUUGGGGUCGUCUCCACUGCUGUGCCCUUAGAGAGAGCUUUCUCCAGCGCAGGCGAUCAGUUCUGCAACCUCAGGAGGUCCAUCAAUCCAGAAAACCUCAACAUGAUCCUGUUCCUCAACAGCAACUGGUCCUCAAAGCCGUAGAUACAGAUUUCAAACUCUGAGUGGAUAAAAACACACCGAAUGUCCUACAAACACAUCACACAUUAAACCAGAGAACACCUCCACCAAAGCUCCCCACCCUCUGAUCCACGUCAGGUGGAUCUGCUCAGUGCUCACUGAUGGACACACAUAGCAGCACCGCAUUCAACAGCUGGUUUAUCAAACGGGUCACAGUGACAUCUGGAGAGGUCUCACAGCCCUCAGAGCCUCCGGACCGUGACGGACUUUAAAUACUGCCGAUGAAACCUUUAAAACAGCAUCUUCACUUAUUGCUGUGAGGAAACAACAGGAAUCAAAUCAAAACAACAGAUUUUCUGUUAAGAACUAUUAAAUGUCGGUUUUAAAAACUAAACAGUCAAACAUUCGGACAUUUAUUGUGGACGUACUCUGAUGGUCUAUGACGUGUCUGUAAUAAUCACUUUGUAAUGAAUUCUUUUUAGAACCAGAAGACUUUAUGAAGAUUUCUAUAAAAAUCAAACUUUGUCUCUUAUUUUCUGGAUUUUUAUUGGUGCUGAAAAUAAUGAUUUUCUUCAAUUCCAUUUAUUAAUUCAUGUCCAUCAAAUCUGAGGAAAUAGUACAAAUAUUUAUUAUGACCUCACAGUUGUGUGUGUGUGUGUGUGUGUUCUUCGGGUUCUUCCGGGUCUUUAAAGUUUCGGUCAGGUGUUGGACCAGCAGACUGGUUUACUGUGAAAAAACAAACUAUACUUCUAAGAAACUAUCAUAAUAAUAAAAUUAUUAUCACAUUAUCAUAUCCACAUGAACUGUGAGACAGCAAAGAUCAGCUGAAUCAGCAGAAUUUAUCUGAACUUCAGUCUGCAGAACACACACACACACACACACACACACACACACAUAAAACACUUCUGACAUCUGAUGACGUCAGAAGAGAGGGAACUCUCAGGUGCGUCCUGACGGCGGUGUGCUCGGAGUCACUUCAAGUCUUUUCUGAUUGGUGGGUUUGCAGCUUGUUUUUAGCCUCAGAAGCUCUAAAUCUAAUUGUGGAUCUGGACAUUGGACCACGCUAAUCUCGUGACUACAAGUACUGCAGUGGAAGUACAGAAGUAUCAGCAGCACAGUGUUUACAUGGUCUGCUGGUACCGUCUGACACGCGCACUUAUUGGACAUCAGUUGUUGAUUGGACGCUGCAGCUGAUCACACGGAUCUGAUAGAUCAUAGCGUCACUGCAGUUUCACAGCAGAUUAAGAAGAAGAAACUUUCAGGAUUGUUUCAUGGCUCGUCAUCAUGUUGAAAAUCUGAAGUAGAAACCUUUUUUUUUACAAUUAAUAGAGAAAAUUAAAAAUGAUUAUGAAAAAAUACAAAGUACAGUCGGACAAAUAGUGACUCAGGUGUAUUUCACUGCUCCUCUGCAUCCUGACUCCGCUCUGCAGUGUUUUCUUCUUUCGGUGCAGGUGUGUUUGUUCGGGAGAAGAACACAGUGACAGGCAAAACAAGAGAAUUACAAGAGAAUCUGCACGUACGUGAUGUAAAUUUGGCGAGCUGUUUUACGUACGUGUACAUAUUAAACUGCAACGUUAUUGACGCACAGGUAGAGAAGAAGCGGAGUGACUUUUUAGCCAAUCAGAGUGCAGAACACAAUGCACGAUGGAAAUCCGUGAAGUAGCGAAACCGUGAAAAGUAAACCGCGGAUCACUGUGAUGAGGAUCAGAGAGCAGCAGGAGAGUUAUCAUUGGUUCAUUGUGUCACUUUGAUUUGUUCCAGUUUUAAUUUCCCUGAAACAUUUAGUCCAAUAAAUGAUCUCCAGUGUUCAAAGAUCACAUCCUGUUUCUGUUUGUUAAAUAAUAAAUCACAUUCAGAACAUCAGUGAAAACAGAAUAAAGGAUUCUGCCUGUAGAACUGGUUCCUGCGUCUCUGAGCAGGACCUGUCAUGACCCGUGCCAUGCAUGGCGGUUUUGUUUAGUUUCUCUUGUUGAUUCUUGCCAUUGCCUCAUUUAGUUACUGUUGUCUCAGUCAUGCCAUGUUUUUGUAUUAGUCUCUACCCUCGCCCUGUCUUGUUUGUAUUUUGUUAAGUUCCCCAUUGUGUCUCAUCUUUGCCUGGGUUUUGCGACAUGAACCUUUAUUUUGAAGGUUCAUGUCAUGUGUCUUUGUGUUGCUUUACUUCCUGUGUUUUCCCUCCCGUGUGAUUGUCUGAUUGUUUCCACCUGUGUGUCAUUAGUGUUCCUCCCUAGUGUAUUUAAGUCCGUGUCUUCCCCUUUGUCCUUGUCAGGUCGUUGUCUGUGUCUCAUAGCCAAGUCCAUGUAUCCUUGUUGUCCUUGAUUCCUUAUCAUAGUCCUAGCCAGUAAGUGAGUGUUUGUCAUCGUGAUCCCUUUGUCCUGUCUGAGUUGUGUUUCUUGUUGCGUUACCUUUGUUCAUGUCCGUGUUUCUGUUCAGGUCUGAGUUGUUCCUUGGUUCGUCUUUGUCUUUAGUUCGCCACAGUUCUAGUUAGUUUAUCGUCUUGUUCUGGUCUUCGUUCGUGUUCAUGUCUUGUUUUAUGUAGUGUACCCGUCCUUAGUGUUGUCUGCCAUUCCCUAGCUGUGUUGAGUUUCCCAGGUCAUAGUUCUGUUGUGCGUGUCAUUUGUUUGUUACAUUAAUAACUUAGUGUCUGUUUUCUUUUUAGUUCAUAGCUUUGCUGAUUUGUUCUCCUCGAUAAAGAGCGAUUUUCUGUUUGAUUACUU